AGCGGCGUUGGGUCCUUGCCGCUCACGUACGUGGCCCGGCCACCGCCUCUGCCCGCGCAAGGAGCUGCCUCUGGGGGCUUCACCUUGGCGGCGCUGCCGGCAUCCACCCUGGACCUCGGCAGCGCCUGCCGCGCACAGCCUGUGGGCUUUUGGGGGGCCGCCUACUUCGUAGGCUGUUAUCUCUGCUCGAUUCCCACUUUGAUGUGGUUUGACACUUGCAAACGAGCCCGCCCGGGACCAGAGCGCCCGUAUAAGAGCGGGCCGAGGCCGGCGGUCCCCCAGCCCCUCUACGCCAUGAACCAGGCCGAAAUCCCUUUGGCAGAGACGAAGGUCCACGGGCAGCCCCCUCCUCAUGAGAGCCGAACCCCGACGGGGAAAGCCGCGGCCAAGCCAGCCUACGGACAGCGAGCACUGCGCGGCGGAGCGGGACGGAGCCAGUCCCCCGGAGCCCACCGACUCGUGCCCAUCGGAGUCAGCCCCCGACGGCGGCUGGCUGAGCGCCGACGAGUCCUCGGGCUACGAGAGCGAGAGCGCAGGAGGGGAGCGGGCGGGACCCGCGAGCGGCAGCGGCGGGCACGGACAGCCUUCACCUCGGAGCAGGUCUGCCGGCUGGAGAAGACCUUCCAGCGCCAGAAGUACCUGGGGGCCUCGGAGCGGAGAAAGCUGGCGGCUGCCUUGCAGCUCUCGGAGAUCCAGAUUAAGACCUGGUUUCAGAACCGGAGGAUGAAACUGAAGAGGCAGAUACAGGACCACCAGCACACCCUCGUGUCUCCUGCUCCACUCUACGGCUACCCUCCGGGGACCCCACCAGUCCUGUUUCAGGAUGGUUUCCACUACCCCUUUGCUCCACAGCACCAGAGACUCCUGCCUUUCACCUCGGUCCCUGCUGUGCAGUUCAGCUUCUCUUUUCCCGGCUAUGACACAUCGCAAAGCACCUACCACUUUAUGGCACGUGAGCUGCCGUACUACCAUCAACACUUUAUUCCUCAUCCUUCUUUCCAUCCGGUUAUUCAGAACAAAAUGGACAACCAAUGCCACCCUGUAUAUGCAUUAUAG